AUGUCGAAUAUUAAUACAACAGUAAUAAUACAAACUGGACAAUCACGAGAAUAUUUAAUUGUUGGUUACUAUUCAUUAAUUUUAAUUAUUUUAGGCACUUUUUUCAAUAUGAUAACAUUUUUUAUUCUUUGUCGAUCAACAUUUAGAAAUGUUAAAAUAAAACCAACACUUCAUUAUAUGCGUGCAAUGGCUAUCUUUGAUAUUCUUAUGUUAUAUGGAUGGAAUCUUGAUCAUUAUCUUAAAAAUAUAUAUCAAAUACGUAUAGUAACUUAUUCUUUAUUAUCUUGUAAAAUGAUUUCAUUUCUCAGCUUUUUUGCACCUCAAUCAUCAGCAUGGCUUCGUGUUUUUGUUUGUUUGGAUAGAUAUUUAUCAUUGAGUCGUCUUCAUCGAACAUGGUUUGGUCAAUCAAAAAAUGUUCUUAUUAUUAUUUCAUGCAUUAUAUGUAUUCUUUUUCUUCUUAAUUUUCAUUUUUUUCUUUUCGUUUGUUAUUAUACAUCAAAGGGUACAAUCACUGUUUAUUCUUGGUUGUAUAAUGUCUAUCCACUAUGGGAUAAUAUUAAUUUUGCAGUAUACAAUUGUGUACCAUUUAUAUUAAUGAUUAUAUUCAAUAGUUGUAUGAUUUAUCAUUUAAUUCAUCUUAGACAUACAACAAGUAUUCAAAAUUCUCAAAUUCAACAUCGAUCAAUAUCAAUUACACUUGUUAUAACAACAUUUCUUUUUUUAAUUAUGACUGUACCAUCAAAUAUAGCUUUUUCAUUUUUUUCUUCAUCAAACAAUAUUCUUUUAUGGUUCUUGGAUUGUCUUGUUUAUUCCUAUCAUACGCUAUCUUUUCCAUUAUAUAUGAUUACAUAUGAUGAAUUUCGAAAAGAAUUUUUCAAAAUAAUACGAUGUAAAAGAAACAGUGGAAGAGUUGUACCAUUAACAAGAACUGGUACUAUGCCGCAGACAUUCGCUAUAGCAAAAACUAUGACUAAUAAUUGA